UUGACUGGCAGACAGAUGGAAGUCAUGAGUUGGACGCACCAACUUUCCCCGCUAAUCUUUCAAAAAGCAAAUGCRCCGCAAAUGUAAGGAUUAUCGUAAUCAAUGCAUUAAAUGGCAUCAGUUAUGGAGGACCCCACCCUCGAGCGACACUUCAAGGGCCACAAAGAKGCUGUCACCUGUGCAGACUUCAAUUCCAAACACAAACAGCUGGCCUCAGGGUCUGCAGAUAAGACCCUGAUGAUUUGGAAUCUGAACCCUAAGGCCAGGGCGUUCCGUUUUUUUGGACACAAAGAUGUCAUCACAGGGGUYCAGUUCUCCCCUGUGGGAGAUCUGGUCGUCUCUGCAUCCCAGGACAAGACUGUACGGCUGUGGACGCCCAGCAUUAAAGGAGAGUCGAUGGUGUUCAAAGCCCACACGGCUACAGUACGCAGUGUCAGCUUUUCUCACGACGGCCAGAGGCUAGUGACUGCGUCAGACGACAAGUCUGUCAAGGUGUGGAGUGUCCACAGACAACGUUUUGUCUACUCACUCAACCAGCACACCAACUGGGUCCGCUGCGCCAGGUUUUCUCCUGACRGCCGUCUAAUUGCCUCCUGUGGUGACGACCGCACAGUGCGGCUGUGGGACACCUCCACCAAACAAUGCAUCAACUGCUUCACAGAGUAUGGAGGAUCAGCAACAUUUGUAGACUUCAACACCAGUGGYACCUGCAUAGCAUCCUCAGGAGCAGACAACACGCUGAAGAUCUGGGACAUACGGACAAACAAACUGCUCCAGCAUUACCAAGUCCACAGUGCAGGGAUCAAUUGCUUUUCCUUCCACCCGUCUGGAAACUAUCUGAUCAGUGGCUCCAGUGACUGCACAGUGAAGAUCCUGGACCUGCUGGAGGGACGCCUCAUCUACACCCUCCACGGACACAAGGGUCCUGUCCUGACUGUGGCCUUCUCCAGGGGAGGAGACUUCUUCGCCUCAGGGGGUUGUGAUGCUCAGGUUUUAAUGUGGAAGACCAACUUUGAUUCUUUUGACUACCGUGAGGUCCUGAGCAAACACAGCCAGCGGGUCACCCCCGACCCCCCUCCUCACCUGACAGACAUCUACCCCCGAGGACCUCACCUCCACUCCGCCCAGUCUGGGGCUAUAGAGAUCAGUCCCAUGGUGGCAGACACCCAGACCACUGCCCCAGCGGUCAUAGAGGUGGGCCAGGCCCUCUACACAGCCACUACGGCUGUCAACGGCCAUGCAAACAAUUUGCCAGCACGGCGGAUUGCCAGUACCAGCCCUCAACCCCAAUGAAGACUGUCCACAGUA